CGUUGGCGUAGAAAGGUUCGUCGGAUCGACUUUUUCCACUCCUAUCCACUCGCGGACAAAUUGUAAAGUUUUGUAAGCUCUGCUUGCGCCUCAAGCUUCGCGUUCAGCGCAGACACCUCGUGCCGCGCGCGCUCUUUCACUCUCGUUCGAGGUUCCCCGCCCCACCCGAAAGUAUAGUGGCCGCCACUGACGGAGCUGCGGAGUCAUUAAUAAGCCGUACAAUAUCUGCUUGUGGGUUCCCUUUUUUACUUGUUCUUUGGCGUUUGCUUCUUGUUUCCACACAGUUGCAUGUAAUUAAAAAGUUUGAAUGAAAAACUACUUUUCCCUUACAUUUUAAUUAGCUUGUUAGUUCUCUCCUUUCGCGCGAUCGGUUCAAUUGUGAUUUUUCUCUGUGUUUAGUAACUGUAUGUGUUUGGAUUGACGAAAGUGCACGCUUUUCUAUAUUUGUUUCUGUUGUUUGCCUGUUUAUAAAGCUUUUUGCGUUUUUUUGUGUCACAUCCAGUGUUGGUUGCUUUCCCGCGAAUGCAGUUGUCAUAUUGAUUUAUAAUUGUGAUGUGAAGAUAAACACGAGAGGCGGCAUUACACUCGAAACAAGAGCAGUUGCUGGCAAGACGAGAGAAUGAGAAGAUAUUGUGUGCCACUGGAAGUCGAAAAGUAGUUUACACUGUCAGCAUUGUAUCUUCAAAAAACGAUCAAUUUGCAUCUAUUUGUGAGUGUUUACACAGUUUCCGUUGUUUAUCUUGUCCCAGUAAGGCGGAUCGGAGUGCGUUGCGGUGAAAGUUCAUUGAGCAAUAAACAAACGAAGGCGAAAGGCAGUCAUAAUGGAGCUAAUACACGUCAGCCUAGCCAUAUUGGUUGGUCUUUGCAGCGUCUCGGUUUGCAAUGCAAAAGCAACGCACAAAGUGUUCUGCUCGGAAGAUCAGAUGCGGAUCCACGUCGCCCUACCAUCGAACGAUUCGAGCACCUCGGUCUAUCUGCAGGGAAUGAAGGGUUAUCCCGAUCCAAAAUGCAAACCAUCCAUCAAGGACACCCUGGCGGAAUUCCAGCUGUCACUUAUUGACGUUUACGAAUGUGGCGUGACCAGGGUUGUGAAUAAGAUAACUGGAAAGAAAGUCUUCUACCAUCGCAUCAUCGUUGAGGGUGAUCAAGAGUUUGGCAAAGAGAUCAUCAGCGUGAAAUGUAUCACCAACGGACCACAGUACAACAUAACGCACGGGAUCGUGAAACGAGAUGUCCUACCGGCGGGAUUCCAGGAGCCAGAGGAUCUUGAAAUCACCUCCAAUAUCACUGGUAGCGCGCCAGAACCAGUGCUGAGCAUUGCUGUUCGCCAGGGAAACAAACUCGUAUCGGGGGAUUUGAACGUCAGUCCUGGAACAAAUCUACAGAUGGAAAUUUUCCUCGAUAAGAAUUCUUCGCCAAUCUAUGGACUCGGUGUGAACUACAUGCAGGUUACCGAUACCCUUGCCCAGGAAGAGACCAUCAUAUUCAAUGGCUGUUCUGUCGAUCCGUAUCUGUUCGAGAAUUUCAACACUGUUGAUGGUGAUUUGCUGACGGCCAAAUUCCGCGCCUUCAAGUUCCCAGAGUCCACGUUCGUGCAGUUCCGAGGAACGGUCAACGUUUGUCUGGACAAAUGCAAGGGCCUCGUCUGUAGCAACGGACAAACCGCUUACGGCCGCAAGCGUCGUGCAAUCAGUGAAGUAUGGGCCUACCCGAACAAAAUUUACGAAGUAACCAUGACCACCUUCAUCAAAGUAAACUAUGACGAAAAUGGCGAUGAAAUCGCUGCUUCCGAUAUCGAUCAAAAGUUCCGUCAGUUGAAGCUGGCAAACCAGAAGCUAGCCCGCAACAGUCGUGCUGGAAAUGUGUUCGAAAGUAUCCACGAGGGCGUUAAACACACCGAAUCCAGUCCAAGUGAAAACGCAAAAGUCGAGGAAACCAUCCUUUUCACCCGGGAAGUGAUGAGCGAACCUCAAGGAAACGUCGGAACGAGUGGUAGCAGCAGGCAGCUUCCAAUGGUUCAUUUCAUCUUUGCGCUGCUACUAACCACGACAGUAAUUUCCGUCCGUAAUGCUCUCCUCUAAAUCAACGAUUUCCCACUAAUGAUCUCAGCGAGCGAUUGUUUCGACAAGCAACGAAUGGAUACAAAAAAAAAGCACAUGCAUUAUCGAUGCAAUAACGAUUCUUUUUUUUUUUUUGACCCGAGUACGAAUUGGCGUGCAAAGUACUUGUAAAUAUCACUAUUUUGCUAGUUCGUACAAUGGCUUACCACACAAAUAUUGCAAUGGACGUUUUAAUUAAACUAACUGAAAGCUGCUGAACAAAAAUGAGCGGUGCAAUUUUAACAAGAUUUUAUUGCGAAAAUUUCUCCACAAAGGAAUGUGUGUGUUCAAUCGAAACAUUGUACACUUGAAUUAGGAUACACUCGAUUGGCAUAUCAUUGACUGAUUGUGUAGGACUGGGAAAACAAAAGCAAAAUUUUCCUAUACAUUUAGAGAAGCGAUAAGCAAUGUAAGUUAUACUAGUCUAAUAAUUAUAAAACAAACGAAACGAAACGAUUUGAGAAUAUUGUAAAACUGGAGCGAAAAUUAAAGUAGACAAGUAAAACACUAAUUUUAGGACAAACGGAGAACAACGUAGUACCAUCGAUAAGCAGGCCUUGUGUGAAGAUUUGACUGUCCGGAAUCGAUGCUAAAUAUAGUCAUUCCGGACAAACAUUGCCACAUAUGGGCUGCUUAUUGAACGGAGCAAUUUAACAAUAAGACUAAUGUAAAAUAACUACCCUUGGAGCAAUAAAAUACUAACGAUA